CACACCCUUCCGCAGUUCAGGAAUCUCUCUCUCUCCCUGUCUCCAACGUCUUUGUCAAAAAAAUUCAAAACCUGCUCCGCGAAUACAGGUGUUGAGGUGUGUCAUGGCGGAGGAGUUCGUCUGCGCCGUGGAGGAUGGCAUCCGGCUGUCCAAGCGGCUAUACUUCGGCAAGGACCAGGCGGUGGCGCCGCCAAGGCAGAUAUCACCAAUGGAUAAGGCUACUCUCUCCUCCCGCCUCCCUACAGCUCCGAUGGUGUACGCCGUGAUUGACAAUCCGGCCGUCGUGGAUAACCCUGACAUUCCGAGCUACCAGCCUCACGUGCACGGGAGAUGCGAUCCUCCUGCUCUGAUUCCGCUCCAGUUGAACGCUUGCUCUCUCGAGGCCAACUGCUAUCUAGACACGGCUUUCGUCAGAGUCACUGGAUCGUGGCGCGUGCACUGCGUCAUGAGGAGUAAGAGCUGCGAUUGUUUCAUUGCCAUUCCUAUGGGGGAGAAGGGUUCAAUCCAAAGUGUGGAGGUUGAGGUACCGGGGGAACACUACCGCACUGAGCUGGUAGCCAUUGAUGAUGAUAAAACAGAGCCAUUAAUGGCAGCGCCGUUAGAUAAUGGAAGCUUUUUGAAACCACACAUCUUCACAAUCAAAAUUCCUCCGAUUGACGGGGGAACUAAUAUGCUAGUCACCAUCAGCUGGUCUCAGAAGAUAUUUUGCCAUGAUGGGCAAUUCACCCUGAAGAUUCCGUUCACCUUCCCAGCAUAUGUAGUUCCUGCUGCAAAGAAAGUGUCAAAAAGAGAGAAGAUACAAUUGAAUGUAAAUUGUGGUCUAGAAGCAGAAGUUUUGUGCAGAACAACCAGUCAUCCUCUUAAGGAAAUAAGGCGUCAAGCUGGGAAGUUGGGCUACUUUUAUGAAGCAGAUGUUCUAGAUUGGUCCAGUAAUGACUUUGUUUUUACAUACUCGAUCUCGUCAAGCCAAACCUUUGGCGGUGUGUUUUUGCAAUCUCCGCCAGUUCAUGACAUUGACCAAAGAGAUAUGUUCUACUGCUAUCUUUUCCCCGGAAGUGAACAAAGUAAAAUGUGCUUCAGGAAGGAAGUGGUUUUUGUUGUUGACAUAAGUGGGAGCAUGAGGGGACAACCUCUUGAGGAUACAAAAAAUGCACUCUUUGCUGCACUAUCGAAGCUCGACUCUCAAGAUGCGUUUAGUAUACUAGCAUUUAAUGGUGAAUCUUAUAUGUUUUCAUCAUCCAUGGAGUUGGCAACUCAGGAAGCUAUCGAAAAUGCAACUCAGUGGAUUAACAUGAAUUUCGUUGCUGGUGGUGGUACAAAUAUUUUGAGUCCACUGAGUCAGGCCCUUGAGAUGUUAUCUAAAACCAGUAAAGCAAUUCCUGUUAUUUUCCUCAUUACUGAUGGGACUGUUAAAGAUGAAAGACAUAUCUGUGACGUCCUCAAGAAUCAUCUGGCAAAAACCAGGACUAUGUACCCACGGAUUUUCACAUUUGGAAUUGGAAGGUUCUGUAACCAUUAUUUCCUCCACACGCUUGCAAUGAUGGGUUGUGGCUUUUAUGAUGCAGCAUACGAUGCCGAUUUACUUGAGGCUCGGUUGGAAAACUUCUUCGCCAGAGCAUCAUCCAUCAUUUUUGCAAAUAUUUGCAUAGACUUCAAAACUCUUCAUCUCAAGGAUUUUGAGGUAUAUCCAUAUCGGAUUCCAGACCUAUCAUCAGAAAGCCCAUUGGUUCUAUCCGGCAGAUACAGCGGAGUAUUUCCCAAGAACUGCCAUCUUGAAGCGAGAGGUAUCCUUGCAGACUUCAGCAAUUUCUCUAUAAACCUGAAGGUGCAAGAGGCUAAGGACAUACCUCUUGAUAAGGUACUGGCACACCAUCAAAUUAGGAUGCUCACUAGUCAGGCAUGGUUUACUGAGAGCGAAAAGCUUUUAAGCAAGAUAGCACAAAUGAGUGCGCAGAAUGCUAUUGUUUCCGAGUACACACACAUGGCCUUGGUAGGGAGCGGCAGAACUACCAGAGAUAUGUCCAACACGAAAACGAAGUAUCAGGUUUCUGGUCUGCAGAAAAAGGAAGUUCAUAAACAAGAGCAGGAGAUCAUAGCGCUACUCCAAAACCUCGGACUGGGUUUCGGUGACCUGAGCGCCACGGCUGAGAACACACGACCGGGCGUGAUCGAAACAAAACCCGAUGUUGCGGACCUGUUUGUCAAGGCAGCAUCCAACUGUUGGGGAGCCCUCUUCGAUAAGUGCUGCUGCUGCUUGUGCUGCAUUCAGGCGUGUUCCAAGAUGAAUGACCAAUUUGCCAUUAUCAUGACCCAGUUUCUUGGUUCCUUAGCUUGUUUAGGUUGUUUCACUACUUGUGAACUGUGCUGUUCCGGGGACGAGGGAUAAGAUAUGGCUACGAUGAAACC